AUGAAUAUUGAUGUGGAUAGAAUUUAUGCGGUGCAUUCUAUACUUCAUUUGAUCUUUCAUCGAAAUAAAAAUCAACAUCGAGGGACUAAGUGGUGGAAAUGGUUGGCGAUCCUGAAACGAGUUACCUUGAAGUUCGCCAGAUCUCUCGACAGUCGGCAGCCAUUUGGCAGUGAUGAGUCUCCUGCUGAUCAACAUAGACAUCAUUUGGUGACAUAUCUUAUGCCGAAGUGCUAUCAAGCAUUCUCCGCAGUUGUUGCCGAUGGACAGUUUUCUACUCUGGGGACAGUUUUGAUUGCCACCCUUGCCCGUUUGGCAAAAGCCACAGGGAUCGAUAAGGAUCUGAGAUUGUCAUCACAAACAGAAAAGGCUUCUACUGGCCCCAUCUAUGGCACCGAUGCGCAACGAAGAGAGGAUAUGGGAGUCAUCCUCUGCCGCCCUGAAGGCUCUUCAACACCAACGCUGCUAUCUGAGACUCAAGUUCCGGAGAUUUCACCUCGAGCCCAUGAUGAGGUGUCUCUAAAGGCUCCAGAAAGCACCGUAGGCUCAAAAAAGAAAAGCAUGCGGAAGAAGAAGCGGAAAAAGGAUGCCAUCGAUGAUCUAUUUGAUAGCCUUCUAUAG